AUGCAGGGGCAGUGGAAAACAGUUUUUGUCUGGCUUGGUCAUCAAUACAACACCUACGACCCACCGAAGGCUGAUAAGCUAGGGAAAGACACAAUAACUGUCUCUAGACUUGCGUCUUGUUUCCCUUUCGUUGUUUGCUGGUUCAUGGCCAAGGGAAUUGGGAAGGCUUACAUCGAUGUCACUUUUCUGAAUAGGGCUACAGGUUAUGAGAUCCCACCUUUCCUACUCACUAACAUGUUUGCGGGAUUGGUACCUAAGGAACCAAUAGGAGAAAUAAUGAUGCCAUUCGUACGAGUGUAUCAUUAUUUUUUGGAUACCGUCCUGCACAACAAGAAACCCAAGUCCAUGGAUAAAGUAAAAAAGGAGGCUGAAACCUACUCUAACGCUGCUAGAUCGUCAUCCUUUAUCUCUGAUGAAGCUAGGGUGUUCUAUCUGAUUAAGCUUGGAGUGUUAAAGACUAAAGACACUUUAGAUGAUGUCUUCAAAUCUAUAUUUGAGACUGGUAGUCUAAUAUGGGGUGAUAUUACAACAGCCUCAGAUAAAAAUAGUCUCAAUGUGGCUCUCAAAGCUAGAAUUAAGGCUGGUAAUCCUAUACCUGUUGCGAAAGCUUAUGAGUUAGACGUUUAUAGCAUCGUGGGCAAUGAUGUUAAAAACAUAUUAACUACUCUAAUCAGCGACCGGUAUGUUUUCCCCUUUGAUGGAAUACGAAGCAGCGUGAAUUGCAUCAGAGCAAUCAAAAGAAUAGAGGCAAUGGAUGACAAUUUUGAAAAAAUCAAGGUUUUGCUAGAACUUGCAUCUCUAGGUGAAUCUCUGAUUUGUAUGAUGAUGAUUUCAUGCUUCUACACUCAAGCAUCAUAUACUGCUGCUUUUGAAGCUUGCGAUAAGUUCAAACCAACCUUGACCUGAAUGCUAAGCUCUAUGCAUUCACCUUUGGUUGCAAGAGGGAAUGGUGUCUUUAGAUAUAAUGAAGCCGCUACCUUUGACUCCCUUGCCACCAUAGUCAUAUCUGGUGAUGAACAUGUGCCAGAGACACUGAAGAGAGUUGUUGAUAAUGCUCGGAGGAGGGAAGAAGAAGAAAACGCUCGAGCUUUAUCGCCACAACAAAAAUUUUCAUCAGGAGGGCCCCAUGAUCCUAUUGCCUAGGUAUCCCUCGACAUUCACAUACUUUGUGAUUCCAUUUUAUGAUUCUAUCUUUAUGUUAACAGUUUCAUUUAAUAUUUACUUUACAAUUUUUU